AGAAUUCCUCCUCCUUUAUUUUUUUGGCCCCGACAGGCGUUGGUUCGAGUUUUGUGUCAUUUGGAGUCAAAAUUAGGAUUUUAGAGUUCAACAUCGGCACUUGAGGAGCAAUCGGGAUGAUUCGAGAUGCAUUUGAGUGUUGAUUUGAGAGCUAUGGAGUUCACCGGUAGGUUUACGAUGAAGAUUUAAUGACAAAAGAGCUCUAGGAUUGGCUAUGAGAUCAAAAAGAAGAUGAAUGAAGCUUGAAAACGGCAUUCAGGAUGACCUUUGGUCAAUCGUUCAAGCAUAUCUCUUUGUAUAAGAAUCCAAAGAACACGAUUCAAAGUUCACAUGAAAUCCGAAUUCAAGAGCUACAAAUCAUAUGAAGACAUCAUUCCUAGAAUCUGAGAGGAAGAAGAUGAAAACAGACGAUGAAGUCAGAUGAUCUCUGCUGCGAUCUCAGAAUGACACCUUCCACCGUUUUGAUCAUAUCUCUUGAUUGGAUGAUUCAAAUCACAUUCGGCAAAUUGGGGUGGAUAGAAUACUUCAUUAUCUACAACUUGCAUGAAGAAAGUUUUGUCAAAUUCGGAAGUUUUACGCACUCCGUGCGUAGGGGAACGCACGACCGUGCGUCGCACCGGGUGACGCAAACUUGAAUCCCGAAUCGGCCCGAAUUCAUAUUUUCCCCCCUUUUUCUAUAAAUAAGGCCUCUCUAACCCUUUUGGAUGGUGACGAACAUUACGGAGAGGCCUAGGGACGAAUUUACUUGCGUUUUUACGAUUGUUUACUCCAAGACCCUGGGAUUAUUUGUAAGUUCAUCUUUUUAAUUAAUGACAAUUAUUUCUAUUCAUCCCAAUUCUGUUGAUUCUUCAAUUAUGAAUUGUGAGUAGUUUAAUUAGGGAUUUGGGAUUGAUGAAGGGGUUAAUCAUGAUUGAUGGCUAGAUUCUUGUCGGUUUAAUUGCAUGAAUGCCAUUUAAUUUAUGUUUGAAUAAUUUAACUGAUAUCUUUUGUAACCUGGAACCGCGGCUAGAAUUACAAUUGCUUGUAGAAUAAAUUAAGAGAGAUCUAGUUUAUUCUAGGACACAUUCACACACACUUAAUCGUUCGCUAAGAGAUUAGUAGCGAUUAAGGAGCCGUAAGCUCGCUCGUCUUGGCAAUAAUUUAGGAUCCUGUCGCAUGAGAGAUCAGCCUGGUCCCCUAAAUUAUUGUACUCUACGCCGCGAGAGCGGUAAGAACUUAGUAAUGAUUAGCUAGGCUCAAUUAAAUCAAUUUCAUGUAAUUAGGCCUGAUCUGCCAGAAAUCUGGUUACCCCGGAAUCAAUCCCUAUUCCCUUCGUCAUUAAUUAAUUAGAAACCACAUUUAUUUUUUAUUCGCUCAACCGCAUUAGUUUAAUUUUCAAAUCAACCAAUCUCGCACGACGCAUUUAUUUUAUUUAUUUCAUUUUUAAUCGCUGAAUUUAGUUAAUCUUUAAUUCCCUUUUGUCCGUCCCUGUGGAGACGAUACUCGUACUUACACCCCUAUAUUACAAUUUUUUAUGUGCGAAAAAACUCACAUCAGUUUUUGGCGCCGUUGCCGGGGACGGUGUCGGAUUUGAGGAUUAAUUAAUAUCAGCGACUUGUUUUUAGUUUUUCGUAGGAUUUUUGUCUACUAACCUUGCAGGUCAGUCUGUUUAUGCAUACACGCUCAAAGAGGGGAGAACCACUUAUCUCUCUUAAUCCUGAGAUUGAGAAGUUCGCUAGACAGAACCACAAGGCUUUUCUUGAGAAGAACGCAACCAUGGACCCUACAUCCUCUGGAUUUGCUGGGACGUCUGAGGUCCAAACCACUGCUGAUAACCUUGAUUUUUUCGUCAAUACCUCUCCUCAGUCUUCACCGCCUGCAUCACCUAGAAAUCCCGCUGGAUUUCAAAAUUUCCACAAUCCUUUCUUCCGUCAAAAUCAGACCACUCCACAAUUAAAUCUUCCUCCAUUAUACCAACUUUUCCAAAAUACCUCUACUGCUCCCGAAACCACUUUUCAGAACCAAACAUAUGGGAUGCAGGGUGUAGGGCAAUCCAUUCCAGUCUUACAGCCUAGACAGCACCCACCACCAGUCACCCAAAAUCCACCCCUGACUCGGCCACAAAAUCAGCCUUUUCGGAAUCAAAACCAAUUCUGUCAGCCCAAAGUGCAGCCCCAACCGCAACCAAACAUAAUCCGACCGCACCCUAUUAGACCACAGCCUGUUCUUCAGCCUAGACAGCAGGCUCCUCCAUUCAAUAAUUAUAUCUCACAUGACAACCCGCUCUAUCAGGGAGAGACUAUUGCAGAUUUCCUCACUCCGGAGAUUUCAGAGUAUGACAGCAUUCAAGUACCGGGAAUUACUGCAAACCGUUACGAGAUCAACCCAACGGUGAUUAACAUGGUGUCCAAUAAUCAAUUUGGAGGAGGCCCUACUAAAGAUCCAGUGGCGCAUAUUACCUGAUUCCUGCGGAUGUGCCAGACUUUCAAGAUACCUGGAGUAGAUGAUGAUCAGGUGCGGAUGUUACUUUUCCCUUUCUCACUGAGGGACGAUGCACAGAGGUGGCUGGACAGCAAUCCUCACCAUCAUAUUCAAACUUGGGACCAGCUGCACAAGUCCUUCAUCAAAGAAUAUUUUCCGACGUCAAAAGCACUAAAGUUAAAGAAGCAACUGCAAGAAUUCAAGCAAGGACCCCUGGAGACAAUGGUUGAGGCAUGGAAGAGGUUCAAGGUGUUGAGAAGAGCUUGCCCACAAGGCAAGAUGACUGAUUGUGAGGUUCUAUCUUGCUUCUACAGUGGACUCAACAACGAAGGAAAGAUGAUGCUCGAUGCUUCGGGUGGUGGAGCUUUUCCUCACUUACCAUCUAAGGUGGGGGAAGAACUAGUGGAGAAGAUUGUUUCAAAUAAUGCUUCAUGGUACAACUUUCGGGACACACCUCACCAGAAGGCCCCGGGUUUGUAUGAGAUUAGUGAUAAUUCUUCCCUUUCUGCAAGGGUAGAUACUUUGGCUAGCAUGCUUCAGAAGCUCACUACAACCGUGGAGGAUAAUCAAAAGAAGAUGGAACUUGCUCUCUCGAUGCCCAGUGUCAAUAUGGUAGCCCCCGGUCCUAUUAGUCCUUCUUGUACUACAUGUGGGGGACUCCAUUGGCCGCAUGAAUGCACUAUGAUGGCACACUCGGCAGCCCCUGGAGUGGAAUAAGUGGACGCAGUGUAUUUUCAAAGGAAGGGCUACUACAAUCAGCCCUACCACCAACAGCAACAAGGAAACUAUGGGCAGGGAAAUCAACAACAAUAUAGGAACUUUAAUCAGCCCCAAUCUCAACCGCAAGAACAACAAUUCCAGCCACAAAGGAAUGAGACUGAGCAUAAACUUUCUAACUUGGAGAAGACACUCGAGCAAUUCAUUCAAGUGACUGCGGUGAGAGAUCAAUCAACGCAGUCGAGUAUUCAAGAAACGCUGUCGAGUAUUCAAGAAACGCAGUCGAGUAUUCGAGAAACACAGUCAAGUAUUCAAGACAUGCAAAUUCAGUUGGGGCAGCUCGCAAAGGCCGUUUCUGAGAGGCCUAUGGGAUCCCUCCCGAGCAACACCGAACCAAAUCCAAGAGAGCAAGUUCACGCAAUCACACUGAGGAGUGGACGAGAUCUGGAACCUGCUGCCAUGAAGAAGAAAGUUGAAGACGUUGAACCUGCUGCAGUUGUUCUUGAGGAGAAGAAGGAAGAAGAAAAGAAAGAGGAGGAGGGGGGGCGCAGUCCCAAAGCAACCCGUUCCAGUCAAAGCUUACAAACCACCACUCACAUACCCGCAACGCUUAAAGGGGAAGAGUGACACUGAGGACUUCAACAAGUUUCUAAACCUCUUUAAACAGGUUCAAGUAAACGUACCAUUUAUGGAGGCGCUGAAUCAAAUGCCAAGGUACGCAAAGUUUAUGAAGGAACUCCUUUCCAACAAAAGAAAGUGGGGAGAACCGAAAUCGGUGGUGCUGAAUGAAGAAUGCUCGGCGGUGGUGUUGAAAGAGAUGCCCAAAAAGCUCAAGGACCCAGGUAAGUUUACUAUCCAUUGUUCCAUAGGAUGUAUGAUUUCUAAUAAUGCGUUAGCUGAUUUGGGUGCAAGCAUUAAUUUGAUGCCUUACUCUUUGUAUGAGAAGCUUGCACUCGGUCCACUUAAACCAACACGUAUGUGCAUACAAUUGGCUGAUCGAUCAGUUAAAUACCCUCAAGGGCUGAAGACGUAUUGGUUAAAGUGGACAAGUUUGUGAUUCCGGUUGACUUUGUUGUUUUGGAUAUGCCCCAAGAUUUUGAUGUGCCCUUGAUUCUUGGAAGGCCUUUUCUAGCCACUGCUCGGGCACUCAUAGAUGUUGGGGAAGGGAAAUUGAUUUUGAGGGUUGGGGAGGAGAGAGUUACUUUUUGCAUGGCCAAGCUGGCAAAACAGUCCUGUCAAGAUGUUAAUGAGUGCUUUUUGUUAGAUGUCAUUGAUCCACCUGGAGAGGAGGGAAGAAACCCCCACCUUUUAAAGAGACUGAUUUUGACCCAUUCUUUGAUAAAGGACCUCAUAAAGGCCUAGACUCAUUCCUGUGCUUUACAAGUGGCCCUAAGAUGCACAAUUGUUUUCAUGAAUUUAAGGUCUUACGCCAUCUCAGGGCAUUUGUUGAUAGGAGGUUUGAUUUGUGGAAGACUAAUUUUCUGAGCGGGAGUGUCUUUGACUGAGUUUUUGAUGAGGCGGUUGCGUCGGGCAAACGACGUUAAAAAUAGCGCUUCUCGGGAGGCAACCCGAGCUUUUUUUUCUGCUUUUGUUUUUGCUUUUGCCUUCUUUGUUUGUUGGUUGUUUUGCUUUGUGUUUUUGUUGCAGGUCAGGGUCUUGUUGUAGGGAUGAUGUACCGAGGAUCAUUGACUCCGUUUAGUUCUUCACCGACCAGCACCUUAGGGAAGUUUCUGCGACUCUUAUUUUUGCCUGUUUUGUAAAUGUUGACUUGAGUUGAGAUUGAGCACGCGUGACCCUAUCCUCUUUACCCCCUUGUGCAUAGUGCAUUUUUGGUCAUCGAGGACGAUGCCAAAGUUUAAGUGUGGGGGAGUGAAUUGGGCAUUCGGGCAGUAGUUGUUACAUGUGAUUAAUUAGAGUUAGCAUGCGCAGGUGUUAGUUGUAUAUUCAUAGGAAAUUCGUGUCAAAAUUUUUGAAAAUUUUUCUUUAAACUGUGUCUUUGUGAAGUGGCUAGCAUUUGACUAUGCUUUUAUAACAUCUUUGAAGUGUUUAGACUUAAUUUGCUUGCACUAUAAUCUGGUUGUUGAAAGGAUGAAGGCAUUAGUCACUCAUGUAAUGAAUUAACAAUUUUCCCAUUGACCUGAAUAAGUUCCUUUAGGAGAAGCCAUUUUGAGCCUGACCGUUCUUUGUUACCCAAUUAAUUGAGCUCCAUAGCCAAAUGGUCUGUGUUUCCUUACCUGGAAUAUUUCUGACUUAGUCUUGAUGUUUAGGGAACUAGGGGAUUAAUUUGCAAAGUUUAGAGAAUUUGUGUAGGAGCCAUUUUGGCACUGUUCCUAUGCCCCAAAUGGGGUAAGAGCAGUCAUCUUUUAGGAAUAUGAUACUUUCGAGGAUUGCAUUGUAGGCAUGGAUUCACUUUGAAAUUAAUGAACUUUAAUUGCUAUUUUUCCUUGGUGAGGCCGAGAUUAGAAUGAGGUAAUGUCUAGUGAGAAUCCGAAAGGUGAAAAAUUAAUAUAGCUAGACCUCUUAUCUUGCGAAAAAGAGAAUGGGAGUCCCGGUCAAAAAGCGUAAGAUGAGACUUGGGUAUCUUUCGAAAGAAAUGGCGUUCUCGUGCCAACAUGACAAGGAAAACUAAACAUAAUUAAUGAAUUUGGAGCCUAUCUCAAAAUUUAGCUUUAGUCCUCCGCGUACUUCAAGUAUACGUCAAAGCACAAAUGUGCCGAGACGGUUUAGCUUAGUUGGACACCAUGUCUACUCUUUGCAUAGGUUUAAAUGAUUGUUCCUAAAUUGUGGCCUACUGAGUUCCUUGAUCCUAAGAAUAGCCCUGAAGUUCCUGAAUGCAUUGAGUCUUUGUUAGAAUAUUCCAAUCUCUCAAAAGAAAGGGACUGUUUAUUACCAUUCAUCAUUCACCAUCACCUUCACAAGUCUUUCUGAUCAAUAGCUAGUUUAUUUGUGUAUGAUGUCAUUACUCUAAGGAUGUUGUGAAUACUUUGUCAAAUAGUUUAGCUUGAGUACAAAGAUGUAGUUUAGGGAAGAAUUUUCUUGGUUUAGUCUGCCUGUUCUGUGAAUAUUCCUUUAACUACGUGUGCAUGCUAAUUGUUUUGAUUCCGUGUGGUGAUUAUCGUAAGUCCCGUUGUUUAGUUUGCUUGAGGACAAGCAAAGGCUUAAGUGUGGGGGAAUCUGAUAAGUCCGUAUUUAGACACGCAUUUGAUGCGUGUUGGGAUCGGCUUUUGAUGGUUUUCCUAGCUUUAAGGUGUUACAAGUCUCAAUUUUAGCUCAAGUUAUGUUUAACAGGCGUUGGUUCGAGUUUUGUGUCAUUUGGAGUCAAAAUCAGGAUUUUAGAGUUCAACAUCGGCACUUGAGGAGCAAUCGGGAUGAUUCGAGAUGCAUUUGAGUGUUGAUUUGAGAGCUAUGGAGGUCACCGGUAGGUUUACGAUGAAGAUUUAAUGACACAAGAGCUCUAGGAUUGGCUAUGAGAUCAAAAAGAAGAUGAAUGAAGCUUGAAAACGGCAUUCAGGAUGACCUUUGGUCAAUCGUUCAAGCAUAUCUCUUUGUAUAAGCAUCCAAAGAACACGAUUCAAAGUCCACAUGAAAGCCAACUUCAAGAGCUACAAAUCAUAUGAAGACAUCAUUCCUAGAAUCUGAGAGGAAGAAGAUGAAAACAGACGAUGAAGUCAGAUGAUCUCUGCUGCGAUCUCAGAAUGACACCUUCCACCGUUUUGAUCAUAUCUCUUGAUUGGAUUAUUCAAAUCACAUUCGGCAAAUUGGGGUGGAUAGAAUACUUCAUUAUCUACAACUUUCAUGAAGAAAGUUUUGUCAAAUUCGGAAGUUUUACGCACUCCGUGCGUAGGGGAACGCACGACCGUGCGUCUGAGGCGAGAAAAGCAAGGUAGCUACUGCCAGCUACGCACGGCCGUGCGUAGGGGGGACGCACGCCGUGCGUAGCACCAGGUGACGCAAGCUUGAAUCCCAAAUCGGCCCAAAUUCAUAUUUUCCCCCCUUUUUCUAUAAAUAAGGCCUCUCUAACCCUUUUGGAUGGUGACGAACAUUACGGAGAGGCCUAGGGACGAAUUUACGUGCGUUUUUACGAUUGUUUACUCCAAGACCCUGGGAUUAUUUUUUCAGGUAGGGGCAAAAGCUUGCUAUCAUCGUCCGUUGCUUCGGGAAGCUAAAGGAGAGAAGACGUGGUUCGUGCUUCCUCCGUAUCUGUUUUCAAAACAAUAUUAUUAAAUGCUCAUGGAUAUUAUUUUCGGAAUAAUUAUUUGGGGGCUUGUAUGCCCGUGUUUGCCACGUGUGGCUUGAAUACUUGUAUUAAUAUUUCCGCUGCUUAAUUAAAUAUUUUACAUUAUGAUUGUUUAUGGAUGUA